AUGAAGCAAGUGAAAUGGUUUUUUACCAAAAGACAAAGACCUAAUCCUAAUGAAAGUGGUGAAGAAUAUUCCCAAAUACCAAUCACCAAUCAAUCAAUCCCUUCCGUUUUUAACCCUAAUGCAACUCCACAAACACCAAUCACCAAUCAAUCAAUCUCUUCGGUUUCUAAUGCAAUUCCACAAACACAAUGCUCUAACCAACCUAAUGAUAAUGUUGACUUGAAAGAUCUUCCAAAGGACCCGGUGGAUAGGCCAUUGAUUACAAGUUACAAACCAAAUAUAAGAGAUGAUGUAAGAAGAGCAUAUUUGCUUCAAGGACCGUGUCAAAAUAGUGCAUAUUGCUUAUAUUGUUAUUUGUGUGGGGACCUCAUGGAACAAAAAGGAGGGAGAGAUGCAUUUGUUUCCCAAGGUUUUGAUACUUGGAAUAAAACAGAUGCAUUUCGGACUCAUGUGGGUGGUGUUGAUAGUUUUCACAACAAAGCAAAAGAAAAGUGUGAGUUUUUAAUGAGGGAAAAACAAGCUAUCAAUGUAGUCUUGAGGAGGCAAACCGAAGUAGAGGAUCAUAAAUAUAAAGCUCGAUUACGUGUUUCUAUUAUUGUUGUUAGACUUUUAUUGAAAACCGAACUUGUGCAAUGUUUUCCACAAGAAGUACUUUUGAGUAUUCGUGAAGAGAUUGGUCAAGAUGUUUUUGCUUUACUAGUUGAUGACUCUAGUGAUGUUUCAAAAAAGGAACAAAUGGCUAUUGUUUUGCGUUAUGUCGAUAGUCUUAGCUUUGUGAAAGAAAGAUUCAUAGGUCUAGUGCACGUGAAGGAUACAUCUUCUUUGACACUCAAAAACGCCAUAAAUAAAGUAAUUACAAAGAAUGACACGGCUUUUUAUGUACAUUGCUUUGCACACCAACUUCAAUUAGUAGUGGCUGUAGCAAAGAAGCAUGAUGGUGUUAGUGACUUUUUUGAGCAAAUUUCGUUGGUGGUUAAUGUAGUUUGUGCCUCGUGUAAAAGAAAAUACUUACUACGAGAGCAAGCAAUAGAAAGGGUGCAAAAAGGCUUCUGUAGUGGUGAACUUGAAACCGGAGUAGGGUUAAAUCAAGAGACUACACUUGUUGGAGCGGGAGAAACAAGAUGA